AUGUACGAUCAGCAUGACCAGACGAUAGCAAUGCUAAAUGAAGAUCAUCCGCGGUCUCGCCCACCUCCCAAGACUGCGUUUGAAAAGGUUCUUCGUUUUUUACGUAAAAAUUUACUACUCACUUUAACAAUUGCCGGAGUAAUUCUUGGUCUGUUAAUUGGUUUUACAACUCGAUUAGCAAAGCCAUCACCAGAAUCAAUAAUGAUACUUUCAUUUCCUGGUGAUAUUCUAAUGAGAAUGCUCAAAAUGUUGAUAUUGCCACUUAUAACGUCCAGUUUGAUAACAGGUCUUGCCGUCCUCGACCCAAAAUCUAGUGGAAAAAUGGGUCUUUACGCGUUGACAUACUAUUUUUGUACAACAGUUUUGGCAGCUAUACUAGGCAUUGUAUUAGUGUCAACAAUCAAACCAGGUGAAAGAAGUAACGCGGCUCAAGUACGAUCACAAAUUGUCGAUGAAGAUCCGAAAGCCGAUCAAGUGAACACACUUGAUGCUAUAUUUGAUUUAUUACGCAACAUGUUUGCUGAAAAUAUUAUUCAAGCUGGAUUAGAACAAGUGAAAACAACAAGAGAGUAUGAAUUUUUUAAUGACAGUGGGAUAAAUCGGACAAAAGUAAAAUUUCAUACAAGAUAUAUCGCCGGAGCCAACUUUCUGGGACUUAUUACAUUUUGUUGUGCAUUUGGUAUUGUUAUUGGAACUUUGGGAAGACGUGGUGAACUAAUGUUACAUUUUUUUAUUAUACUUAAUGAAAUUGUUAUGAAAUUAAUUAAACUUGUCAUGUGGUAUUCUCCUAUUGGUAUUAUGUUUCUUGUUGCCGGAAAAAUACUGGAAAUUGAGGAUUUAGCCAAAUUAGCAAAGAGUCUGGGCAUGUAUGCUGUCACAGUAUUAGUCGGUUUGGCCAUACAUGCGCUCAUUACAUUACCACUUAUAUUUUUCGUGGUAACAAGGAAAAAUCCGUUUCUGUUUUAUCGAGGCGUGUUACAGGCGUGGCUUACUGGUAUUGGUACUGCAUCAAGCGCAGCAACAUUACCGGUAACAUUUCGAUGUCUUGAAGAAAAUUUAAAAUUAGAUCGACGUGUUACACGUUUUGUUUUGCCAAUUGGAGCAACAGUAAAUAUGGAUGGAACAGCAUUGUACGAAGCAGUGGCACCUGUUUUUCUUGCGCAAUUAAUGGGACGUCAUCUUGGCAUCGGUCAACUAAUUGUUGUCAGUUUAACAGCUACUGUGGCAUCCAUUGGUGCAGCUUCAAUUCCAUCUGCCGGUUUAGUUACAAUGUUACUUGUUAUGUCAGCAGUAAAUAUACCAGCCAAAGAAAUAACAAUCAUACUUGCCAUUGAUUGGGCUUUAGAUCGUGUUCGAACAUCGGUUAAUAUUCUUGGAGAUGCUAUUGGUGCCGGAAUUGUCGAUCAUUUAUGUAAAGGUGAUCUCGGACAUGAUAUUGAAGAAGGUGGACAUCAUGACGGAGAACAAUUGAAUGAUACAAUAAGAAUUAAGAGUGCCCAAGAAAUUAAUGAAACGUCAAAACUAUAA